AUGGAGAAGAAAGAUCAACGCGAAGAUAAACAAACUACUACAGGGGACAGCAGCGAAUCUAACUCAGACACCGAUGCUGUGGACCCGAGAUUAGAGAAUAUGCCGUUCAUCGAGGCUUUUGGUCAUCAUUAUCACAUCUCGGGUAAGAUAUUCUUACCUUUCGACGAGCCCGAGCAGAAGAGGUUGGAGGUCCAGCACAAGCUAUAUCGACACUGCCUAGAUGGCGCCUUAACCCACACGCGGCUGCCGCUGGACACGGCCCAUAUAGUAGAUCUAGGCACCGGAACUGGCGUCUGGGCUAUCGAGAUGGCAGCCCGCUACCCUCAGACACAGAUCACCGGCAUAGACGUGUACCCGAUCCAGAGGAGGAAGGGAGUUCCGCCAAAUGUCAAGUUCGUGAUCGGCGACGUGGAAGAACCGUGGGACUUUCCGGACAACUCUAUCGACUUUGUCCACGCGAGGAGCAUAGCCGGGGGAGUGCGAGACUGGCCUGCACUACUUCGUCAAGCGUACGCGAAACUCAAACCGGGCGGGCUGUUCGAGAUGACGGAAAUCGCGCUGAACAUUCUUGACUUCGACGGCAAGUUCGCUGAGGCCGACUUAUGUCCCGAAUUUCUAAAGAUAUUUCGAGGCUUGUGCGAUAGGGUCGGCAUGGACUUCAACCCGUCACCGCACGUCCCUGACUGGUUGGUUGAUGCCGAUUUCGAGAAGAUAGUCCAGCGCAGCGAGAUACUUCCGGCUGGGAGUUGGGCCCAGGAUGACAAGUUGAAAGCGCGGCAGGCUCUGAUGAAUUCGAUUACGACCGAACACUAUGUACUGGAUAAUCAUUGCGGCUUGUUAUUUCAGAGUUGUGGGUGGACCAAAGAACAAUUCGAGUCUAUCGUGCCUUCAUUUUGGCAGGAAGUCCGAGCAGCAAAUAUUAGGCCAUACAUCACAGCUGUAUUUACUACCGCGAGGAAACCUCGCGAGAAACCAGCGUGA